CACCAAACGCAAUGGCCUCAUCGCUUUAAGAAAACGGAUUAGAGAUGGAAUCAUAGAACAAGAGAGGGGGGAGACCUCCCAAUUCCUAUACAAGAUAAAUUUGAAAGGCCUGUUUUUUUCUCUCCAUUGUUAAUCAUUCGUUCACUCUUCCUUCUCUUCUUUUUCUCUUUCGUUCAUACAAUAAAAGGAAAUCCCUCUUAUUCUCUUUGGGUUAUCAUCUAUUUCUAAUUCUUUCUUUUUCUUUGUCUUUUCAAACAGAGCAAACCUGUUUCAGAUACCCACUUGGAUUUUCUUUCCAAUUUUGAUUUAAAAUUUGUCGCUCUUGGUUGAGAAGAAUUGGGAUUUUAUGCGUUUGUUGAAAGAUGCAAAUGGGUAUUGAGGAAUCACGGGUCUUUAUGUUAUGUUCGAGAGUUGAAGUUUGCUGAUCAGUCCAUAAUUUAAGUAGUUUCAAACCCCCUACAUUGCAAAAUUUGGGCACUGCAAACUCUUGGCAGUGCCCAUGGAUGCCACAACGAGUGGAACUCCGGCUAUACAAUAUCAUGCCAUCCCUGACCAGCCAAUUGCUAGCAUUGUUGUUGCUGCUCCUGUAUCAACAUUCCAACGUGUUCAACGCCAUUGUUUUGGGGACUCUCACCCCGGUGAAUUUCCUUUGGCUGCCAACCCCUCAAUAGUCCUUCAUGUCCUCACUGCGUGUAAUUUGGACCCUCAAGAUCUUGCAAAACUUGAGGCAACAUCCUCCUUCUUCAGGCAGCCUGCCAAUUUCGCCCCCGACUUUGAAUUGUCUAUCACAGAGCUUGCUGCAUUGGACACGUGCCAAAAGAGAGCCAUAUUUAUGCCAAUGACAGCCGAAGAGCGUCAGGACUUGAAGCAGAAAUGUGGGGGUUCAUGGAAAUUGGUACUUAGAUUUUUGCUUGUUGGAGAAGUAUGUUGCAGGAGGGAGAAGUCCCAGGCCAUAGCUGGGCCUGGUCACAGUAUUGCUGUGACCUCAAAGGGAGCAGUUUACUCCUUUGGCUCUAAUAGCUCAGGACAACUUGGGCAUGGAACCACUGAAGAAGAAUGGCGACCCCGACAAAUUAGAUCCCUGCAAGGUAUUCGGAUCAUCCAAGCAGCUGUGGGGGCUGGUCGGACAAUGCUGAUUAGCGAUGCAGGACAGGUCUAUGCCUUUGGAAAGGACUUGUUUGGGGAAGGUGAAUAUGGUGUUCAAGGAAGUAUACUUGUUACAACCCCACAGCAGGUUGAGUCUUUGAAAAACAUAUUUGUAGUGCAAGCUGCAAUUGGGAAUUUCUUUACUGCUGUGUUGUCUAGAGAAGGUAGGGUUUACACAUUUUCCUGGGGAAGUGAUGGAAGACUUUGUCAUCAAACUGAUCCAAAUGAUGCAGAGCCCCAUCCUUUGUUGGGAGCACUAGAAAACAUACCUGUGGUUCAAAUUGCUGCUGGAUACUGCUAUCUUCUUUGUCUGGCCUGUCAACCUAGUGGAAUGUCAGUAUACUCCGUUGGUUGUGGUUUGGGUGGGAAGCUUGGACAUGGGGCAAAAACUGACGAAAAGUAUCCGCGACUGAUUGAACAGUUUCAGUUGUUGAACCUUCAGCCAGCAGUUGUUGCCGCUGGUGCUUGGCAUGCUGCUGUGGUAGGUAGAGAUGGACGGGUUUGCACUUGGGGUUGGGGUCGAUAUGGAUGUUUGGGCCAUGGGAAUGAAGAAUGUGAGUCAGUUCCUAAGGUGGUUGAAGCGUUGAGCAAUGUCAAAGCUGUAAAUGUUGCCACAGGGGACUAUACUACCUUUGUGGUCUCUGAAGAUGGUGAGGUGUUCUCAUUUGGGUGUGGGGAAUAUGCUAGUCUUGGACAUAAUGCUGCAGCUCCUGUUGAUGGACAGGGAAAUAGGCAUGCAAAUGUGUCGAGUCCAGAGCUAGUAACCUCGCUGAAGCAGCUGAACGAACGAGUGCUGCAAAUCAGCCUCACCAAUUCCUUAUACUGGAAUGCCCACACAUUUGCCCUCACUGAAUCCGGAAAGCUUUACGCAUUCGGGGCCGGAGACAAAGGGCAGCUGGGUAUAGAACUUGCUAACAACCAGACUGUAAGGUGGAAUCCAGAACGGGUUGAUAUUGAUUUUAGUUAGCCCCAAAUUUAUCAUUCCAUUCGCUUCUAAGUUAGGAAACAAACAAAGAAUUGUGAAGAUUUUAAGUUAGAAAGGUAAUGGUCCAAGCACAAGUACUGCUGCAUGAUGAUUGACCAGUAAAUGGGAUAUAUAGUGCCAAGGCCUGAAGUUGGAUAGUCCAGUCCAUGCAUUGGUUUAAGCUGCAUUGAUAACUCAUCUUAAUUUAAAAUUCAUUCAGUUAAUGUUCGUAUAAUCCCUAUUGC